CUGACGGUCGCUUUAGAAGUCAAAAUUUCAUUCCCGACGACGGAACCACAUUUUUUCGCGGAAAACACCACAUUUCGGUGGCAUCACAAGUUUUAGGAGAGAAAACUCAAUCAUGGGCGUGAGAGUAGAAUUGAUUUCACCUGGCGAUAGCAGAACUUAUCCCAAGACUGGACAAACCGUUGUCGUACACUAUACAGGUACUUUAAAGAACGGCACCAAAUUCGACUCCAGUAGAGAUCGUGGUCUGCCAUUCAAAUUCAAAAUCGGCAAAGGCGAAGUCAUUAAAGGUUGGGAUGAAGGCGUUGCUCAAAUGAGUGUCGGACAACGUGCAAGAUUAAUUUGCUCCCCUGAUUACGCUUAUGGUUCUACAGGACAUCCUGGAGUUAUUCCACCCAACGCUGAGCUUACCUUUGAUGUUGAGCUAAUAAGAGUGGAGCCAUGAACAUCUUGUGUCUUUCACUAAAUAAUAAAAAUCGACCAAAUUUCUCAGUUUCUACAAUCUCGAGAUUUUUAAAUGUAAACACAUCCUUUAAUAUGGUGGGUUUAUUGUACCUUGUGUUUAGGUGAAUUCUAAAGUAGACGGCACACACUAUUUACUAAAAACUUAAUUAAUAUUAUUCAAUUCUUACUAAAAAAAAGGAAAUAAAGAAUAAAAACCUCCCCCGAAAAAAACGUAAAACUUUCCCUAAAACAAGGUCGAUGUACGAUUUAUUCUUGACUUUUUAGGAUCUUAAAAGUUGUCACACGUUUUACAGUAUAAUAUUUAUGAUUGAAUUGCAUUUUUCAAAAGUUCAAAAACAAUAAAUAUAUAUGUACUUUGUUCAUUCCAAUUAUUAGUCAUUUUUGUAAUCUAUAUACAUAUUAGUGCAUUUUGUACAAAGAAAAAAAAAACAAACUCCCAGUCAAACAUUAAUAAUUAUUAUCAUCGUUUGUAUCAAUUCUGUAAACUUUAAUAAAAAGCUGUCUUAAUCUAA